UACCAUCGGAGCGACACUUGUGCUGUGGUCGUUAGCAGAGAAGGACGCAGGAUCCCGAGUAGCUGCCGAUUGACGAAGCCCGAAUUAGAGAACUUAGCUGCCGCUCUUGGUGAGACGAACGUCGUCAAAUGCAACAGUAGUAUAUUUAGCCAAAAUAUGUUAAAAAGAAUAAAACAAAGACGAUGGUGGAUUCGGCCAAUAAAUCGAACCCUCCAACAAGAAGGACACUAUGAUACAAAAUUUACAUAUAUGAAGGAUAACGAUCACGAAGAAUUCUAUGAAUUCACUCGUAUUUAUCUUGCUCAUGGAAAUUCUGUGCGAUCAGAAUCAUGGAACUAUCGAAUAGGGAGAUCUACAACAUAUAAAAUUAUUCCUCAAGUAAGUCAGGCUAUUUGGAAUGCACUUCAUCCUACAUAUCUUCCAGAAAUGAAUCAAGAAAAAUGGAUUAAAGUGGCUGAAGAAUUUUAUUUAAAUUGGCAAUUUCCCAACUGUAUCAGAGCAAUAGAUGGAAAACACAUUAAAAUUAGUGCUCGGAAAAAGAACCGGGUAACAAGAAAAAUUAAGAGCUGCCCGCCCGCCCGUCGUUCGUUGCACACGGGUGAGAACCGAUUCCUCGGGUACCCGCGAUAA